UCCAAGCGGUACGAGUCUUCCAAGCGGCAUUUCAAAAUCUGCUUUCGCGGCGAACGGACGCGAAUGAGUCGUGCUCUGAUAAUAUGCAAAAAAAAGUGCGAUUACAUAGAGAGAUUGUAAAAUUUCAUACAGAAUAUAACGAAAAAAAUAAACAAAAAAUAUAAUAUAAAAUAAAAAUGUAUAUGUAUUUGAAACACUGUUGAGUGCGCGUGAUUUUGUUUAGCGAUUUAUUAAAAAAAAACCCGACCGUCAGUGCUGUGAAAUACAAAGCAGAAUUAUUGCCCCAAAGCAGAGCCCCCCAAAACCUAACGGCAAUUGCAGAAAUAGGCGCAAAGCAAAGUGCCCAGGGAAUUACGAAAAAAAAAAGCAAGAAUAAAAAAUUUUUUUAAAAAGCAAAAAUAGAAAAUAAAACGUGACGACAGUACCACAGUUCUUGAGCAUAAUUCACAACCCACCCACUCUGCUGCACCACCCAACCUGUGCAACCUGAUGUGUCUCGUGUGUGCUUUUCUCGUUUUCCGUGUUCUCCGUAUAUAGUGUGUUUUGUGUUGAAUGUCCACUUAAACGUCAAACAUAUUUCACUGUGUGUGGCGAAAAUCAAUUCUAUUUAGUUCAUUACAUUCUGUUCGGUUAACUACUAAAAACAAAAAUCAUCCUCCAAAAAAAAAAAACACCCACCCCCAAGAAACAAACCAAACAAACACACAAAAAUUAAACCCAAAAAAUAACUAAACAGAAUUUCCAAAAAAACGUGAAAUUUGCAGGUUAAACAGCAAAAAACGACAAGCCAAAAAGAAACAAACGCGAAAAAAUCAAUUCGAUUCCAUAUAUAUGUUGGCCAGUGCUGGAUUUCCACCAGAAUCGGGUUAAAGCAACGGCCCGCAGGAUGACCGAACACCAGGCGGCGGAUGCACAGCAGUCCUCCGGAACGGAGUCCCAAUCGCACACCAAGGCCAUAACCAUGACCACCCCAUCCAAGUCCAAUCCGAAGUUCAAGGACGCCGAGGAGGGCUUCCUUUCGACAUCUCCGGACAGCGCCAAUGGGGAUGCCCAGCAGCACUCGAACCCGAAGGUCGCGGACAUGCCGCCCAAUGGCAAUCACCCGGAGAAGCUGGGAGGCGGCGGUGGACUGGGUGGCGGAGUCGCCGUCAACGGUAGCGUUGGACCCAUCCUGACCAGCCGCCAGCUCAUCUGUCAGGCCUUCCAUCAGUGCUCCUGCCCGGAGCAGUGCGUCACUUUGAACAACAUCCUGGAUUCGUUCAAGGCGCCGCUCUCCGAGGACCAGGCCUGGGCGCUCAUCCACCAGUUCAUCAGCCUCUACCACAAGGUGGCCGUGGAGGCCCAUCACUCGGCCGCUGACUACGACGCGGAGCUGCCCACACGCUUCGAGCUCCACUUCCAUCGCGAUGGCGGUGUCCACUUCUCUGGCAAGGAUCGCCUGCCUCCGGCCCAGGAUCAGCUAGAGCAGGAGCGCAACCAGGAGCUUCACACGCAGGAGUCUAGCAUCCGGGGCACAUUGGACGACAGUGCCAGUAGCAGCAGUGGCGAUAGCAGCGCCAUCAUUGAAAGGGCCUUCGACAACAACAACCAUCAUCAUCAUCACACGCCGCUCGUCGUUUCGCAUAGAAAGAUUAUCAGCGAAUUGGCGCAAAUCGUCUACACAGCAUUGGACUACAAUUUGCCAGAAGACGAGGAGUGUCAGAUGUCACAGGAGCUGGAGAGUCUCUUCAACUUUAUGACGGCAGAUGAAACCGACGAUGAUUGCAUCGACGAGGGCAUCGACGAAGGCGACAAACGCUGGGACGACGACACCGAGGAGGAGCGCAACGAUACCAAAGAACUGGAGCAUAUAAUCGAGACCUGCAGAAACCACAUAAAACCCACCUUGCCCGAGAACCACUACCGAGCCGUUUGCAGAGCCCUCGUGACGGAGACCAUUGAGCUCCGUGUGUUCCUGCAGCAAGUUCUAAACAAUGCAGGUGCCGAGAAGCUAAUAAAGGCCGCUGAAUCGUCGGUGACCACGCAACAAGAGCUGGCGAAGCUGGGCUUCAACGACUGGGCACGCUUCUGGGUGCAGGUGAUUGACGAACUGCGGCGCGGUGUUCGCCUGAAGAAGAGCAACUAUGAACGCACACCCAUCGAGUACGAGCUGACGCCCUACGAGAUACUCAUGGGGGAUAUUAGAGCCAAAAAGUAUCAGUUGCGCAAAGUGAUGGUGAAUGGAGAUAUACCGCCGCGUGUCAAGAAAGAUGCCCAUGCCAUGAUCUUGGAGUUCAUCAGGUCACGGCCGCCACUCAGAAAGGCCUCUGAGCGGCAGUUAGGACCGCCUCGUAUGUGCACACCCUCGCCCCGAGAACAACUAAUGGAGUCCAUCCGGAAAGGAAAGGAGCUGAAACAGAUCACCCCACCGGAAGCGCCCACCCUCAGGGAGAGAUUGCUUCCAAGUGCAAAUUCCACGUUGUCACGAUCCCGACAGCGGCUCAUCAAAGUGGAUUUCUCAAAGUUUCAGGACGAUGAGCUCUUCUAUGAUGAGUCUAGCAUUAGCAGCUCCCACUCCACAGCGGCCACCCUCCACCACCAGCAUCCGCACCUGGCCGAGAUGCAUCGCUACUCGCAGCCCAAGAUGCCACCGUAUCCGAUUGGUGGCUACAUGGUGGCCAGCCAGGCGCAUCGUGAUAGCCAGGCGACGGCGUCGCUGAUGCGGCCCAGACGCACAAUGGAGCCAGCGAAGCAGGCGCCACCCGAAGAGCCAUCCUUCACGGAGGACGAGUACCACAGAUUCUACGACACGGCCUUGGAAUCUUACGACCUGGCCACUCAGUGCGAGUCGAGGCGCGCCUCCACACGCCGCCACACCAUCGUCGGCUGUCAGAGCAAUCUGGACGAGACGCACUCAAUGCCGCCCACGCGGCCGGAAUCGCGUCAAUCCGAUGACGUCAGCAAGGAGCCAACCAAGCGAAGCCCCAUGGAACAAACAAAUCCAGCACAAGACGAGGCCAGUUCAACAUCCUCCCUUGGCCCAUGGAACAAGUCCUUCAUGGAUAAACAGACCUGGAUGGAACGGGGGGACGAUCGCCUGUCCGUCACACUGGCGGAGAUCGUUCACAUCCGUUCCGUCAUGACCAAGGCGGAGCUGGAGGGUCUGCCGAUGGACGUGCGCGUCAAGGAGGAUGUUGAAAAGCGUCGCGUCUGCUUCCUGUGCCUGCGCACCCGUUUCUCCUUCUUUGGACCCUGGGGCAUCCAGUGCAAGCUCUGCCAGCGGACAGUAUGCGCCAAGUGUUACACAAAGAUGCGAAUUCCUUCGGAGCAUUUCCGUAAUGUGCCCCUUGUGCUGAUCUCACCAUCGCUGCUGUCCAGCCCGGCCAGCUCGAGCACACCCUCACCCUCCCAUCAUGCCCAUCAGGCGCACUCGUCCUCGACGGGGAACAUUGUGGACGACCAGUUUCCCAAGUCCCUGAUCGAGCGUCUUCUGCGAUCCGAGUCAGAUAGAAAGACUCGCAGCACUGUGGGCAGUGCCCCAUCCUCACCCAAGCACCAAAGAUCAAACAUGAGCACGCCGGGCAUCAGCGUGGGACCCGGAGCCUCGGCCGCCCAUGCCACUGGCCAGGCGGUGGAGGCGUUGCACGAUCAGGCCUCCAUGUCGGCCUCCUACUCGGCGGCCAUGCGACCCUCUGGAGUCCACCAGCAACAGAAGCAGCAGUACAACAACGCCAUGUCCCGGAGCAUGGAGGGACCCCGGAGUCUGCCCGUGCACAGUCCUGCAUAUCGACCGCUUUCCAACAACAGCACCUUGGAAAGAAAAUCCCGCUUCUCGAGGGGCUUCAACCUGUUCUCCUCCGGCAGCCACCUGGCCCAGACCCCGGAGCAGAAGGAGAACCUCCGAGGCGAGCAGGUGACGGUGUGCAACGACUGCCAGGGAUUGGUCAAUGAGAUCACCAGCUCUGUGAAGCAGAAGCGCAGUUCCGCCCGGAACCGAACCAUACAGAAUCUCACCCUGGAUCUGACGCCCGUCUGGAAGUAGGCGGGCGGAGGAGGAUCAGUGCGUUCAAAGGCCAUAAGAGAUUCGCGACUGGGGUUCUUACGACUGACAUUACCAUUACUAUACCAUAUACCAUACUUGAUCAAUUCAUUAACCAAAAACGGACAUUACUUGAUAACUGGACUGGAUUGGCCAACAGAGAUUCUUAGCCGCAUUUUGUAUUAUGCAUUUUUGGUGACUUUUUUAUGGCUUUUGCAACGCACUCCAAGCAAGUAGGAUAAUAAAAGGAUAAAGGAUGUAAAUGUUAGACUAGCGAAUGUAUAAGAAGAAACGAAAUACUGAAUUCCUGGCUGAAGCUUUGUAUAUUUUCUGCCGGCUACAGAGAGAAAGAUAUCCGCUUGAUCGCACCCCACCAUAUACUUAUAUAUAUAUAGAACGGAGAUAACUGUACACAUCGCUAUACAUUAUAUAAUAUCGUUGUUUAUAACUGUUUAAUUUAUGCGUAAAUGUUGAAUAAGUCCAUGUACUCGUAAUCCCUAUAUCUUAUUAUAUAUUAUCUUAGUAUAUAUAUUGGCUUGUGCUCUCGAUAAGGCACCAGCAUCCAUGUAUGUAUCUUCAGAAGGAAACUUUACAGAUCAGAGAUUGUGAAGUGAAGUUAUGUGCUUGCACAGAUCGGAUUAAUUGUUUAAUUUUCGUAAAGUUAUCGUUUUGUUUCCCUAUUAACUAGCAACGUCAAUGUAUAACGCAAGAACUACAUAGUUAAUAGCUCAAUCUAAUUUUAAUCGCAGUUGCAAUGCAACAACCUAUACCAUUUAGUUCAUUUCGCAUAGUUUUAAUUAUUACCUUACCCCCUUAAUGAGUAUAAGUGACCUCAAUAUAAUUGUAAUGAUGAUGAUGAUGAUGCAAAGCGAAAACCCUUAACAAAUCAAUAAUUAUAUAUACAUAGUUUUGUAGUUUUUGAACAAAAAUUCUCUUAUUUUCCUGUUAUUGUAAAUGCAUUUAAAUACUUUGUAAUUUAUCAACGUAAUAUUAAAUUUUUAUGCUUUUAAGUUCAAUUAUUUUGCUAUGAUUUAACACCCAACCACACAAACCCCCCCAAAAACACAUCAAAGAAAUCAAGAAAAUACACAAAACAGCAAUAAAAAUUACAAAUUAAUGAAAUCAUA